AUGGAAGCGGAUGCAAAGGAGCAUGUCAAAAGAUAUGAACAAUGUCAAAAGCAUGCACUCAUCCUUCAUGCACUUCUUGAGGAGUUGCAAACCAUCACGGCACCUUGGCCGUUCUACAAAUGGGGGAUGGACUUAACAAGUGCCCAAACCUCUAUAGAGGAAACUCCAUUCAAGCUAACAUAUGGAUGUGAGGCUAUGAUCCCAGUAGAGAUCGGAGAACCAUCCUGGAGGAGGGUGCAAAGAUUGCAAGGAACUGAGGAAAAGAACAGUGAGGGAUUGGCUGUAGAGCUCGACUUACUGGAUGAAAGCAGGGAGAAUGCCAGAUAUAGAAAUAUGAUGGCAAAGCGCCUUGUGACGACGAGGUUCAAUAAGAAGGUCAGACCUCGGUCAUUCCAGAAUGGUGACUUAGUGCUAAGGAGGGCUGACAUCGACAACAAGAAUGCUAGAGAUGGGAAGCUCACCGUGAAUUGGGAAGGCCCCUACAGAGUUAAGGAAAACCUGGGAAGAGGAGCCUAUACAUUAGAAACCAUCUCUAAGAAGUCGGUUAAGAGAUCUUGGAACGCAAAUAAGCUUAAGGCUUACUACAGGUAG